UCCACCUCACGGUUGACUUGUUUUCUUCCUGGGACAUGAUGUAGUUGCUCAUACGAUGCUGUUGGGAAAAGGCCAGAAGUGCAGAAGAUGUCUUCCAUAUUGACCUGACCAGCAUGUGUAGCAGAAAAAUGGCCAGAGGGUGGAACUAGAGAUGCUUGCCGUCUGUCGAUUGGUCAAAAAAAAAAGAAGUGUUAUUUCCAUGUAAAGGUGGGAAUAGAAUACACAGUAUAUAAUGCAGGAGCACAAGAAGAAGCAAACAUCUGCAAGGAUGAUGGUCACAAUGGAGCUGAUCCUGGUCAUGACUCUGUUCACUGUGCGCACCCCAGUAUUGGGAUUAAGAUGCUACACAUGUUCAACCAACACCGUGAAAGAAGCCUGCAACGUUACAACGUGCUCACUUGGGACGGACUACUGUUUUUCAAUGCACGUCAGCGGUGAGGUGUUAAAAGGCUGCAUGAACAUGUCAUGUAGCCCUAAAGCAUCUUGUUGUGUGGGCAACUUGUGCAAUGGGGCCUCGCCUGCUGCUCCCCAUCUCCUCAUCCUCGCGAUGAGCUCAGCUUUAAGUGGUUGUUUGGGCCUUGUGGCAUGAUGGUUGGCCAGAAAAUGUCUGAAGUGAGAAGUGGUCAGGAAAGAAAUACAAUCGAGCGAUAGAUUGUUUUAUUCCUAUGUGUAUUUACAGAGCAAAAACAGGAUGUAUGACACAAACAAUAAAGAAGCAGAAUAAAAUGACUGUUUUCAA